AUGAAUCGGGUGAUUUUCCUCUUUUCAGCGCUUUGCCUGCUAUUCAUCUCGUCUUCAUCAGCCGCACCAACGGCAGACAAGUCGAUGGUGAGAAAAGUGGAGACGCUGAAAAGUGCAAGCAGAACCGAUUUUGAAGCGAAGAAGAGGAGACGAGCAAAGAGAGCCGUACUUGUUGAGGAGUUGCCGAUUGAGACUGAAGUGGAUGAUGACGAGACGAACGAUCAAAUCGACCAAAUCGAUCAACAAUUAGCCGGGCUUAGCAACGACGAGCUGGAGAUGCUUGGGCAAUUGGUGCAGAAUCAAGUUGACACCUACGAUCCAGAGCUAGAAGAGUACGAGAUAAUCCGAAUUCCACGAGAUGUUUUGAUGAAUGAUUUAGAUGACGAUAAUGAGGUCAACUAUUUCCCACGUGAUCGACGAUCGAUUCCGAUUGAGGUUGAGGAUGACGAAGAGGGAUUAAUCGAUCCACAGAUUGUUUUGGUUGACGAGGCGCAGGUGGAGGAGGCGCUAGAGAAUGCGAGGAGAGACGAGCUAGAGUUAAGAGAAAGAAUCGCGGAGUUGGCUGGAUUGCUGAACGAGCGAGCGCUAAGGGGUUUAUCUCGU